AUGCGCGGAGUAGCCAGGCUGUUCUACGCGGCAGUCUUUGCCUUUGUGGGCCUCGCCGACGCAGACAGUCAUGCCUCUGACAACCUGAACACGUUGAAGUGCGCCAUUGAUCCGUCGGCCAUGGUGACUGACGCGUGUGUUUCCUACGGCACCAUCAACCAACUCAACGACGAAGUUUACACCCUCCUCCAAUCGAUUACCCAAGAAACCGACUUCUUCUCCUACUACCGCCUCAAUCUAUUUAAUAAAGAAUGCCCCUUCUGGAACGACGCGAACAGCAUGUGCGGCAACAUCGCUUGCUCCGUCAGCACCAUCGAGUCCGAGGAAGACAUCCCGUUGACGUGGCGGGCCGAAGAACUGAGCAAGCUCGAAGGCCCCAAGGCCCAACACCCGCCCCGGAAAGUUCAGGCAGAGCGGCCGAAAGAGCGUCCAUUGCAGGGUACACUGGGCGAGGGAGUUGGAGAGAGUUGUGUGGUCGAGUACGAUGAUGAGUGUGACGACCGGGACUACUGUGUCCCCGAGGACGAGGGUUCGGCCGGGAAGGGCGACUACGUGAGCUUAGUCGACAAUCCCGAGCGGUUUACUGGAUAUUCGGGAGAAGGUGCGCAUCAAGUAUGGGGUGCCAUCUACCGGGAGAACUGCUUUGUAAAGCAUGAUGCCGAGGAGCUGGAAGAUCAGUCGUUGAACGUGCCCAUGGGCGGGUUGCAAGCAUUCUCGGAUUUUCGCAACGUGCUUCAGAAGGAAUCGCAGCGUCUGGACGGUCUCCCGCUGGAUAAUGAGUGCUUAGAGAAGCGAGUCUUUCACCGACUGAUCAGCGGCAUGCAUGCCUCCAUUUCCACUCAUUUGUGCUGGGAUUAUCUCAACCAGACAACCGGCAAGUGGCAGCCCAACAUGCAAUGCUACAAGGAGCGACUGCACGAACACCCCGAGCGCAUUUCCAACAUGUAUUUCAACUAUGCUCUGGUCUCGCGCGCCGUGGCCAAGCUCCGCAAGCACCUGCAGAACUACACAUACUGUACCAGCGAUCCCUCGCAGCAAAUCGACACCAAGGACCGGGUCAACGAGCUCACGGAGAUUCUCUCGCGCCCUCCCCAGAUCUUUGACGAGAACCUGAUGUUCCAGGACCCCAGUGCCCAGGGGCUGAAGGAGGACUUCCGCAACCGCUUCCGAAAUGUCAGUCGGCUGAUGGACUGUGUGGGCUGUGACAAGUGCCGCCUCUGGGGUAAACUCCAGGUGAAUGGCUAUGGAACCGCCUUGAAGGUCCUUUUCGAGUACGACGAGACCAAGAACGGGGAGAACCCGCCUCUGCGUCGGACGGAGCUGGUGUCUCUGAUUAACACCCUGGGCCGUAUUUCGCACAGUCUGGCUGCUGCGCGCAGCUUCCAUGAAGCACUUGAAGCAGGCCAGGAUAAGGCGUUCCCGAUCCACCAUGCGGCUCCCACCGCGCCUAGAGACGCUGAUGCGAAACCCAUGAAUCAAAAUCUCAGACUCAAGCAUGACGGUAGUGGUGUCUUCUACUACGAGUCAGAAGAACGAGAAUACUUCUACGGAGACGAGCCACUGAAGCCUGGCGAAAAGUACCCGUGGGAGAGAAAGCCACGUAGUCCCGAUGCCACGGUCAUGGACGACAUCCAGGGCGAGUGGGAGGUGAUUCGGGACACGACGUUGUAUGUCCUGCGCAGCUGGAUGAACGUCCCGCGUUCUAUCUAUCUGAUCAUUCGCUUGGAAUUCGCUCGUCUGUGGAACUACUGGCUUGGUAUGCCUGUGCCCCCGCGGGUGUGGGAUCUCAAGCCGCCCACGCCCAAACACCUCACCCCGACUAACGCGCAUCGUGGUGAGCUCUGA